UAUCCAUAUCCGUUUUCAUGUUACUAGAGCUCACGAAGAAGAAACACGCAUUGGCAUCGCCAUGGCAGCCUUUCUCCCUCUAUCUUCUACUACUCCUAUGAAGACAACAAUAACUUCCCUUCAUUUUUCUUCCGCUUUCGUGGGAAAUUCUACGAAGUUGAAGGAAAAUUCAUGUCAAUUUCUCCCUCUGAACGUCAAUUUAAAGACCAAGCAACAACGGAGACAGCAAGGGAGGUCCCUCGUCAUCGUUAAUCAAGCCGCCGCAACAGCUGUUCCUGCAGCCCCGGUUUCUAGUGUGAGGUUCCGAUUGAACAAUCUAGGUCCGCAACCGGGUUCAAGGAAGAAAGGCAAGCGAAAGGGGAGGGGUAUUGCCGCUGGGCAAGGCAAUAGUUGCGGGUUCGGUAUGAGGGGCCAGAAAUCUCGGUCGGGUCCGGGUGUCAGGAAGGGCUUCGAGGGAGGCCAGAUGCCCCUUUACAGGCGUAUACCCAAACUGCGUGGAAUUGCGGGAGGUAUGCGUGCGGGUUUGCCUAAGUACAUCCCUGUGAACAUAGAAGACAUAGAAGCAGCAGGGUUUCAAGAUGGGGAUGAAGUGUCACUGGAGACAUUAAAGGAUAAGCGUUUGAUUAACCCAUCAGGGAGAGAAAGGAAACUACCUUUAAAGAUUCUUGGUGAUGGUGAAUUAAGUGUGAAGCUGAAUAUAAAGGCCCGUUCUUUUUCAACAUCUGCAAAGGAGAAGCUAGAGGCUUCUGGCUGUACAUUGACAGUAUUACCAGGCCGAAAGAAGUGGGUCAAACCAUCAGUUGCAAAGAACCUAGCACGGGCUGAUGAAUAUUUUGCCAAGAAAAGAGCUGCAGCUGCCGCAUCAGAGCCUGCAUCUGCAUAAACCAACGGUGGUAGAUCAAUGUAAUUUAAAGUUGCAUAUGAAUGUUGCGGCAAGGUAAGUUCCAUGCUUUUGUAUUCCUCCCUUUUAUCAUUUUUUUUCUUCUAAUUCUCUUAGGCUGUUCACUCGGUCAUGUAGUUUGUGGUGUUUAACAUUUAAUAUCAUUCAUGCAUCUGAGACGAUGAAUCAAAAAAAAUGUGUGUUAGUACUCUUACAAAUCGAUCACUGAAUUUCCAUUACAUCA